AUGAGUUCAAAUAACCAUCAUCGUGAGGAGAAGAACGAAACUGAAAAAGAGAAGCGUUCUGAUGUGCCCUCCGUAGCUGAUCUCACUUUAAGGCUUGUGAGGGAGAUUGCAGGCACACAACAAAACAACGAAUCAUUGGACAAAUCUGACAAUACCCAUAAGGUCCCUUCAGAAUUGCCAAUCUUCUAUGUGCCCUCACCGAGUGAUAAGUUCAAAUGUUGUGCAUGUGGGGAGGUACUGAGGCGACCAGUGAAAUUUGAGAUCUGUGGACAUUCAUGCUGCUCGACCUGCUACUCAGAAAUCAUGUCAUCAAAGGGGCGCUGUCCAGUGGAUGGCAGUGUCCUAGGACGCAGUGAUGUCACUGUGGAUAAGCAGAUGCAACGAGAAUUGGACCAUCUUGGAGUGAAAUGCAACUAUUUCGAUCAAGGAUGCUCUUGGACAGGACUGGCGAUUGAGUUAUCCGAUCAUCUGGAGGAAUGCCAGUGUCGGCUGGUCCAAUGCAUCUACAACUGCGGAGUGGAGUUUGAGGUGGGUCGCGAUGUACGUAUUGUCUCUAUCACACGGCACAAAUGCCUCUUCACUUGCCCACAGUGA